ACGGUUGCUGACUGUCAGCGUCAUUCAUGUAAAUGGUGAACUUACGUACGUUGAAAAAUCAUUUUUGGAUAAUUUUCAAAGUUUGAAUCACAUAAUGUGUUCGAAAAUAUAAAUUAGAGGUUUCUAUUUGAUGUUACAGUGUGAUUUUAGUACAUAACUACAGUUUUGAAUACUUUAACGAACUUAGUGUGUUCUAUUACUAUGUUAUCCGUGUCGCGCAGUACAUCAAAAAGUUGUUGACUAAUUUCAAAGUUCUAAAAAGUGAUUGUUGUAGUGUAUUAUAGAUGUUUAUCACUUUGUUGUUAUAUGUGGCUGCUGUAGAUUUGAAGAAUAAACUUUAUAACAGAUAGCAUGACGUAGAUUGUUCUAGUCAGCUUGCUGUCCAGCCUAUCGAAUGCACUGUAUCGAAGCUGACUGAUGCGGUGACACUGUGACACAAUGGAUGCGGCGGACAAGCGAAUGCUGGAGCGGGAGGCGCUCCGCAACAUGAUCCAGCAGUGGAACGCUAAUCGCCUUGAUCUGUUCGCGCUCAGUGAGCCCAAUGAGAAUCUGGAGUUUCACGGUGUGAUGCGAUUCUAUUUCCAAGAUUCAGGUCAGAAGAUAGCAACGAAAUGUAUUCGUGUCGCCUCCGACGCUACUGUGAGCGAUGUCAUAGAGACUUUAAUCGAGAAGUUCCGUCCGGACAUGCGCAUGUUGUCGCUGGGCUCGUACUCUCUAUGGGAGACGCACGGGCCGGACGACGAGCGCAAACUGGAGCCGCACGAGAAGCCCUUGUUGGUGCAGCUCAAUUGGCAUGCCGACGACAGGGAGGGGCGGUUCCUACUUAAGUGCCUUAGCAACAACGAGGUCCCGUUGUCGGCUAUGAACGACAAAGGAGACCAAAACUUCAAACGGAAACUAUCAAAACGAGAGAAGAAAGAACUGAAGAAAAAAGAAAAACUAUCGAGACUUAAAUCCGACACGAACGAUGAAAACAGACCAGUCGCUGAGAAACUUUAUACAGAACUGCCAGAGACGUCAUUCAUGCGCAGCAUUAGUAACCCCGAGGCGGUGAUGCGUCGUCGUCGGCAGCAGAAGCUGGGACGAAAACUUCAGCAGUUCAAGUCCAAGGAUGGAGGACCUGAUACCGGUGGUACCCUCCGAGUGUACGGUUCGAUACUUCGACCCGACGUGUCGUAUGUCACGCUACUGCUAUCAGUUAACGACUCGGCUGCCACCGUCCUGAGAGAGACGCUCGACAAGUACGGCAUGUCAUACCAAGAUCCACAGCAGUUCUGCAUCGUGCAGGAGGACAAGACCGACAAUUCGGAAUACAUCUUAGAAGAUGACGAAUGCCCGCUCGCGCUCAUGAAUAUGACAAGAAGCUCCAUCAUGUUCCAUGUACGGCGGCGGCCUGCGGAUGUGCAGCCGCGGAGGCGCAAGAAAAAAGUUGGAGGCACUGGGGCCGCUGGCGGACGGCCCGGAAACGAACCCAUGCUUGUAGAAAUGUCUCCCGACGGUUCAUCGCUAGAAAACGGGCGGCGACUCAGAAUAACAGAUGUUGUCGAGGUGGGUUCAGGCAAUGGCACAACUCUGCAGCUAUAUGGACCUUCAAUCCAGCCGCGUCACUGUGUGGUCGCGCCCGCAGAAGGCGGCGGCUACUCCGUGACGCCGCUGCACGCCGAUGCACACGUAUAUGUCAACGGACGCAGGAUCAUGCACUCGCAACGUCUACAACACGGUUGCCUACUAAAAUUCGGUCGUGUUUCGACGUUCCGCUUCGUAGACCCGGCACAGGAGAACCUCAUUAACAGGAACCUAGCGCAAUCACAACAUUUCGGCUCCGGCUCAAUAUACGACAGAUCGCCAACUUCGCCCGGCGAGAAUAGCGGCGCGAUGUCGCCGACGUCGAUGACGUCACACCAGCCCGACCCUCUCGACUCCAAUGCAAACACGACUAACGACACAGAGUACCAGAGGACGAUGAGUCCCGUAUCGCAAGACACCUACUACCGGGACGCCAACGACACCAUACCGCCUUACAACAACAACACUCUCAAACUUGACAACGAGUCGCUCAUUAUGUCACAACACCUCAACGACACCAAAGACGAUUACGGGAAGGACGACCACACGAGCUCGGUGUACAACGACCAAGAUCAGAGUUCCAAUGUGAACCGCACGUCCAACUCUGUGCAACAGUACAAAGACAAUUAUGAAACCACGUUCGACUUGGACGGCAACGUUGAAACAAAGAGUAUCUGCAGUGCGAAGAGCGGCGGCUCUGGACAUGACAACAGGAUGAGUGCGGGUAUGAGCAGUGGUCGUGGGUGCACGGAGGCGAUCUUGCCGGCCGUGCUGGAGUUCCCAGAGGCGGGGCAGGCACAGUUCCUGGCCGCCGUCAUCACACGCCUCGACCCGCACGCGCCCGCCUUCAAACUCGCCCCUGUCUACACACUCUACCUUUGUGCCAGGUACCGUGCCUCGACUCAUUACCGCCCCGAGCUGACGCCGACCGAGCGCGCGCAUAAACUGACGGCCUUCUUACACCAUGUCGCCACGCUCAUACACGCCACCGUACAGGAGCGUUGUACCGACUCAGCGGCACAAGCUUUCUGGAUGACGAACGCAAGUGAACUUCUGCACUUCUUGAAAUACGACCGACACAUAUCAUCCUUCUCAACACAAGCGCAAGAAGUGCUCUCGCUUACUGUGCAGAAUGCAUUCAGCAACCUAGUGACUUGUUUCCAAGAAGAGCUGUCGCGUGGUCUGGCGACGCUGACGAGCGCGGGCGGCGCGGGCGGGGCGGGCGGCGCGGGCGGUAUGUUGGACGCCAACGAGGCCACCGCGCCCACGCUGCAGGCGCUGGCCGCCGCCAUCGUGCUGCUGCGGCGCUGCCGCGUCAACGCCGCGCUCACCAUACAGCUCUUCUCGCACCUCUUCCACUACAUCAACGCUGUUUGCUUUAAUAAAUUGGUAACAGAACCCAGCAUGAUAAAUGCACGUUGGGGCGCUGCACUGUCAGCACGACUAAAAGUUCUAGCUGCGUGGGCGGAGCGACAGGGUUUAGAAUUGGCGGCGGAAUGUCAUUUCGCGCGCAUGAACCAAGCUGCGCGUCUGAUCCAGGGCACGUACCGCUCGGCGGAGGAGGUGGUCGGGGCGCUGAAGUCGUGCUUCAAGCUGAACUCGGUGCAGGCGCGCGCGCUGCUGUCGCCGCUGGCGCCGGCCGAGCUGGUGGAGGCGGGCGUGCGCCACGUGCGCGCGCACACGGACGAGCUGGUGCGCGCCGACGGCCGCGACGUGCGCCUGGACGAGCCGGCCUGGCUGGGCGCGGCGCUGCUCAUCCCCAGCGACGGGUUCAGCGCAGAGGUGGUGUGCGGCGUGCCGCCCGGGCUGGCGGAGUUCGUGGCGCCGCUGCAGCGCGGCGGGCUGUGCCGCCUGGCGCACCAGCCGCACGCGCUGGGCGCCUGGACCGUGUACCUGGCCGGCCACGCGCCGCCCGCGCGCCGCCCCGACCCGCGUCUGCACAUCAUACAGCUACACAAGAACUCCAACGGCAUGGGACUCAGCAUCGUCGCCGCCAAAGGUGCGGGGCAGAGCAAGCUAGGUAUCUACAUAAAGUCAGUAGUCCCGGGCGGUGCCGCGGCGGCGGACGGUCGCCUCGCCGCUGGGGACCAACUACUCUCCGUCGACGGACAGUCACUCGUCGGCAUCACGCAGGAGAAGGCGGCUGAAUACCUGGUGCGAACUGGACCCACGGUGACCUUGGAAGUUGCGAAGCAGGGAGCCAUGCUGCACGGCCUCGCCACACUACUGCACCAGCCUGCCUACAAUCAGCGACAAGCGGGCGGUGCGGGCGGUGCGGGCGGCGCGGUCGGCGCGGGCGGCGCGGUCGGCGCGGUCCGGCGCGCGUCGGAGCGCGACCUGCCGGCGCGACUGGCGGCGGAGGCGGGCGUCAAGUCCAGCAAGAGCACGCCCGCGCUGCAUCACGUCGCGUCGCCGCCGCCACACCAACAUACGCCUGCCAACGUGGCAGUAAGUUCCCCGGCGACGAGCGCGGCGGGCGCGGCGUGGCCGAGCAAGUCCCGGUCGAGCCACAACCUGUCCGCGCCCACUCACCACGACGGCUUCUACCAGAACCUCUCCACCGUGCACUCGCAACAACAUGCGCUACAAGACAGAUGGUCCUCGCUCCGCAGUUCUACGGGUAGUAACAGACCGCAGUCAGCGCACUUUGCAGCAGGCGGGCAAGCUGAAGCGCCUGACUCACCAUUACAUCAUCAGCAGGCGAGUGCGGCGAGUGCGGCGAGUGCGGCGAGUGCGCGCGCGGCCAAGCUGGCCGAGAUGUCGGACGAGGUCGCGCGCAGACACGCCUACACCCAGCCCCUGCCCACGCACCACCAUCUCAUCGGUCAAGGCCAGUUGCAAAUGGCGACAGGUCCGUACGGGCCACUCCCCCAGCUCCCCCAGCAGUCCCCCCAGCUGGGCACGUCCCCCGCCAUGUUGCAUGUACACGCACAGAGUCCGCACCAGAUAUAUCACAACCAACAUCAACCGCCGCAGAGGUACGAAUGGAUGCCCCCUGGACCUCCGUCGCCACAGAGGUCACAACCACCGGUCGCUCCGAAACCUCAGGGUGCGAGGAGACCAGAUAUGGAUAUGGAAGAGCAAAUGUAUCCGCAUUCACAGGCACAUCCGCAGUCACAUCCGCAAUCACAUCCGCAGUCACAUUCGCAGGCACAUCCGCAAUCACAUCCACAGUCACAUCCGCAGUCACAUCCACAGUCACACCAACAAUCAUACCCACAGCCGCAACAGCCACUGUCGAGUACUGUGCAGCCAGAAGACGAGCGGUACGUGGCGAGUGCGCUCGAGCCCCCGUCCGUGGCGGUGUACCCGGCGGGGGGGGCCGCGGGGCGCGCGCCGCACAACCCGUGGCAGCGCGAGGAGCGCGAGCGCCUGCACGAGGCGCGCCGCGCCGCCGCGCGGGCUCGCAGGGACGCAACGAUCGCCCAGUUGAUAUCACUAGGGGCGGCGCGCACGCCCGUUCAGAAUCAACAACUGCGUGCUUUACAACUAGAGAGAGACUUCGAACUGCGAGCCACUCAGCAUGAUCAGGAGGAAAGUAACGCAGCAGAAGGCGCAGAUGACUCCGAAGAGAUGGUGGACGACGCGCCGUCGUCCCCCCUGCCCGCCUCCCCCGCACCCCCCCACACCCUCACACAGCCCCCCAACCCACCCAAGUCCAUACUCAAGACUAACACACGGACUGAGAUCACUAACGGAUACACUACCGAACAGCAGGUGAACUACGAAGAGACUCGCGUGUCGGAGGUGACGUCGGGAAUGAGCACGCUCAGCAUGUCGGCGCCCCCCCCGGCGCCGGGCGCGCCCCCGCCCCCCGCGCGCGGCUCGUCCUUCGCCGUCAUGGCCGAGCGCGCGCGGACACUCUCGCCCGCGCGCGCGCACGACGCGCCCCCGCAGUCUCCAGUAGGCGGCGGUCGGGACAAGCGCGUGUCGUUCCACGAGCGCGCCGCGCCCCCCGCGCCCCCGGCCAGCUCCCCGCCCCCGCUGCACGACCCCGCGCCGCCCGCGCCGCCCGCCCACGCCGCGCCCGCUAGGGAGGAUCCCGACCGGUUCAUCGAGGAAGCUGAGAGUAUGCUGGCAGGCCCGGUGUCGCCGCAGACACCGAGCGCGCCCGGACUCACGCACACACCCGGCGUCAUCGGCGCGCAGGAAGUCUACCGGGACCCGCGCGCGCGGCGCCUGGCGGAGCAACAAGCGCGCGCGCCGACGGCGCCAGUACCCGAGCAGUUGUCCUUCAAGGAGAAGAUGAAGAUGUUCGCGCUGGAGUCGGGCGAGGCGUCCACGCCCAAGGACAAGGUCAAAAUAUCACGCGCGCAGCGAGACAUCGAUGCGGUACAUUAAUCCCUAUGAUGACUAUGAUUAAAUUUUAAUGCAUUAUGAUUACAUACAUUUUGUACAUAAAUUGUACUUACAGAGCAAUUACAUAACUCUUUUAUGUGGUUUAAUAGAGAUAUAGCAAAACUGUAGCGAUACGUUACAGAUUGCGUUCCAGUAUUAUAUUGAACUAAUUAUUUUAUAUACCUUUCCAAAUAUGUGUUAGCGAAAAUAAUGUGGUUUUAUAAAUAAAAACGAAUGCAGCUUUUCGGCAACUCAUCUUUAUAAAUGUAAAAUAAUAUAAAGAAGUAAUUUAUAGACGAAUAUAAUGACACUAUUUUCGCUUUCACGCAAGUAACUGAAGGAGAUCUUUCAAGUGAAAUAAUUUAAACCACUCAAAGUUGAAUACAUUUCAUGUACCAAAAGGGCAUGAUUUCUUUUGGAUAAGAAUGGCACCAAUUUUGUAUGUUAAUCAUAAAAUCGAAGUGAGUUUUCUUUCUCAAAUAGGUAUAUUUUUAUGGUAAUGCAAUUUUGAAUGAUGUUUACAAGAUGUCGCUUUAGCAGCUAGUGCAAUGAUAAUUUAUAUUUAUACAUUUCAAUUUACCAGACCAUAUCGUAAUAAUAUAGGGAAUAGUUGAUUAUAAAAUUCAAAAUUUAUAUAUUACUAUAAUAUUAAUAUUUUCGGUAUUUUAUUAUAUUAUUGUCAACGGGCACAUCUUAUGAAUUAAAGUCGGAACUAUUGUGCCAUGUAUAUCGUAUAAUGGAUUUUUCCGUUUAAAUAAUUAUAAAGUUUAUUCUCCGGGAGGACCAAAUAUAAGUCGACAUCAGUGGGUGCCUUUGCAUGUACCUUAAAAAGUAAAUUUACAUAUCCAUCAUAUGUUCACAGCGCGACGUAGUAAAUGCAUUGUAAUCCAUCAACAUUUCUAUUUGUAACUUCGUGACAUUCCAAAGAACAUUGUUUCUUUUCUAUUUAAAUAUGUAUGUUAUGGAAGCAUUCCUAUGAAACCUGAAUGUAUUAUAUGUUCCGCUAUAGCGGUUGUUAUCUUUCCAAUAUUAUUUCAAAGAUAGACCCUGUUAUUACAAUUCGAAUUUUAACAAAAAGCAAUAAGAUAUUGUGAAGACUUUGUUGUAAAUACAUAAAUUUUAUAGUGUAAGCACGUGUUUGUGCCAAAACAUGUUCCGUGGUGGCAAACCCGCAUGUAGUGGCGAACUUAUUGUUUAUUUAGUGGCAACCAAGAUUUAUCAAGAGGUGUGUUAAUUGUGUAUUGAAAUUGUUAUAGGACAUUUACUACUCAAAAUAAUGUUUAAAUAUAAUGUACGAAUGUUGAAACAGCGAAUGUGCGAGCUUUAUUGUUAUUUUACAAAUUAAGACCAAGAGGCCGCUCUCUUUAUUUUGUUUACUCAUCUACGUUAAACCUCUGAUAGAUCAACAGUAUUAAUUAUGAUAAUGCUUAUAAAUCACAGACAUGUAACAAAACAUAAGUCAAUUGAGUAGAUAGUGAAAUUCUUACCUUAUUACUUCGGUCACAACAUACAAUCCACAUAAUUAGCUAUAGAACUUGGCUGUCGGAACACUAGGUCGCUACUCAUUACAUUAUUAUGGUUAACAAUUUAUAGCACCAAUUUACUGUAUAUAAUGUAGGUAGAGGAAUCCUUGUGAUUAUUUAAGGUUUUUUGUACACCUGUUUGUAUAUGUAAAUGUUUAUUCGAUGAUAGAGAGGUAGCAACUGUUUGACUACGAGUCGACGAGAUGGAAGGCCUACGUGAGGGUAGAGUUAGAUUAGUUCCUGGGAAUUCAGUUCCGUAAGUUCCCAGUAUACACCCAACGAUAGUCAAUUAGAGAAAGAUUGAGAUUAAUUUUUAGAAAGGAGUUUUAAUGAUUUUUAUAGCUAUACUGUAUAUAAUUACGCUUGAAAACGUCAACAUAGAUAUCAUGAAUAUUUAAGCAACAAUUCGAAUGAUUAUUAUUAUUAUGCAAAACUAAUUAUAUUUGUUAUUAACGGUAGCUAUUGUCCUUCCUUUCUUUUGAAAAUAAAUAAAGUAACAUUA